AUGUCUACACCACUAUCGAGGACAUUGUCCUCUCACAGCAAAUACAACGACCGUCACUCCGACUCGACAGAUACACCAACUGAAGAACCUCAGCAUGACAUAACCCAACACAUCAGCAAUCUCGCCCGUCAACUCUCCCGCGUGUCUACAACAGCCGGGAACGAACUGCACGCCUUCUCACCCCAGCCCGGCACAAAGCUAGACCCCAACUCACCAACCUUUGAUCCAAGAGCUUGGGUGAAAGCGUUUGUGAGAUUACUCGAGUCUGACGCUGGAGCUGCGCCGUCGAGAAGUCUGGGCGUGGCGUUUAAGAACUUGAAUGUUUACGGCUGGGGAUCUGGGGCGGAACAUCAAAAGACUAUUGUUGAUUAUCCUAUUGAUGUGGUUAAGUACCUUGCUGGUUUGGUGAGCGGCGGGAAGAAGAGACGGGUUGAUAUCCUCAGAGAUUUUGAGGGUCUUGUUGAUGAGGGGGAGUUGUUACUUGUUCUUGGACCACCGGGUUCAGGAUGUUCAACGCUUUUGAAGACUAUUGCCGGCGAGACAGCUGGUCUCGAAGUUGGACCAGACUCCUACAUGAACUUCCGAGGCAUCGACGAGAAGAGCAUCCGCCGUUCAUUCCGCGGCGACGUCCUCUACAACGCCGAAAUCGACUGCCAUCUCGCCCACCUAACCGUCGGCGAAACCCUCUCCUUCGCCUCAUCAGCCGUAAGCGCCCGCCACGUCCCCGGCGGCGUGACCCGCUCCCAAGCAGACACCAUGAUGCGCGACGUCAUGAUGGCAAUCUUCGGUAUAAGCCACACAGUCGAUACUCGCGUGGGCAGCGACUUUGUGCGCGGUGUAAGCGGCGGUGAGCGCAAGCGCGUUAGUAUCGCUGAGGCUGCGCUCACAGGGGCGAAACUGCAGUGCUGGGAUAACACCACGCGCGGGCUGGACAGUGGGAACGCGAUUAACUUUUGCAGGAAUUUGAGGUUGCAGGCUGAUCUUGUGGGUGUUGCUGCUGCGGUGGCGAUUUAUCAGGCGCCGCAGUCUGCGUAUGAUUUGUUUGAUCGUGUUACGGUGUUGUAUGAGGGUCAUCAGAUCUUCUUUGGUCGCAUCGACGAAGCGAAGCAAUACUUUGAGAAUCUCGGCUUCGAGUGUACGUCCUCCACCAUCUUUUGUAUCUCACGCUGA